AUGAACGUUACCCCCGUACCCUUACACCGUCACCGACCAUCACCUGGUUCUUCUCCCUCUCUAAAAUCCUCCACCAUCGCUUCUGAUUCUAUAUGUCGAAAACUAAUCUACACACCGGAAACGCUGCUGUCAUUCAGAGUCUCUCUUAAAACCCUAGAAGUCGGGUUAUCACCAUCAUCAAGGAGGAAAAGACAAUACAAAUUCAAAACCCACCAGAUUUUAGUUUUAGAACUUGAAGCUUCUAGAGGAGUGGUUAUAGUUUUGGUUCUCGAUGGUGCUGCGGUGUUCAUCGGCUGGAAAGUGAGGUUCACGGAGGCUUUUUUUGCAGAAGUAUUUAAAAAGACGAUACAAAAGCAUGGUCAAAGUGGUGGUGUAAUUUCUCUGAGUGAAGAGUACUCUUUUAAAGAGUCGAGGAUGGCUGCUAGAUCAAGAAACAAUAGCAGUACAUAUUCAAUUAGAAAAUUAAAGAGAUUGUCUAUUACAAUCCUAUCAUUUUCUUAUAGUUAUAUAGCAUUAUUGUUUUCAAAAUCUACACUUGAUACUCAUAAACCCAUCCAACAAUCAAACCAUGUCGGCUAA